GACAUGUGGAGGAGGUAAGAAGAGGAUUGUUGCCGAGGACGCAUUGAGCUGUCGGAGAUAACGCCGCUCAUGCGACUCUUACCUACCUGGAGUUUCACUGCGAUGGACUUAACCGAGGACAGUGCUGUGGAAAUUAUCCCGUGCUGACCCACUUCUCGCGUUUUUCUCUCGUUGUCCUCUGACGCCUUGUCUCAUUCCUGUCAGGUGGAUUAACCCUGAGAGACCAUGUCGGACAAAAUGUCCAGUUUCCUCCACAUAGGGGACAUUUGUUCCCUGUAUGCGGAGGGCUCCACCAGUGGAUUUAUCAGCACUCUGGGGCUCGUGGAUGACCGCUGUGUCGUACAACCGGAUGCAGGGGACCUCAACAACCCACCCAAGAAAUUCAGAGACUGCCUUUUCAAGCUGUGUCCAAUGAACAGAUACUCGGCACAGAAACAGUUCUGGAAAGCGGCGAAGCCCGGCGGUAACAGCACGACGGACACGGUCCUGCUCAAUAAACUUCACCACGCCGCAGACCUCGAGAAGAAGCAGAAUGAGUCUGAAAACCGCAAGCUGCUGGGAACAGUCAUCCAGUAUGGAAAUGUGAUUCAGUUGCUGCACCUGAAAAGCAAUAAAUACCUGACGGUGAACAAGCGGCUACCUGCACUGCUGGAGAAGAAUGCCAUGAGAGUGACUCUGGACUCGGCCGGGAACGAGGGAUCCUGGUUCUACAUCCAGCCGUUCUACAAGCUGAGAUCCCUGGGAGACAGUGUGGUGAUCGGAGACAAAGUCGUCCUCAACCCUGUGAAUGCAGGACAGCCUCUCCAUGCCAGCAGCCACCAGCUAGUUGACAACCCGGGGUGUAACGAGGUUAAUUCUGUAAAUUGCAACACAAGCUGGAAAGUUGUUCUAUUCAUGAAAUGGAGUGACAACUUGGAAACUAUACUCAAAGGGGGUGAUGUCGUGCGGUUAUUCCACGCAGAGCAAGAAAAGUUUCUAACUUGUGACGACCACAGGAAGAAGCAGUACGUUUUUCUCCGAACCACCGGUCGCCAGUCGGCGACUUCGGCCACCAGCAGCAAAGCACUGUGGGAAGUGGAGGUGGUGCACCAUGACCCAUGCAGAGGAGGCGCAGGAUAUUGGAACAGUCUGUUCAGGUUUAAGCAUUUGGCCACCGGCUGCUAUUUGGCUGCAGAGGUGGGUGAG